AUGGCCCAAACCGGCCUUCUCUUGGCCCAGCCAGUCGAAACCAUCAUUGGCAUUCUAGAGGUUUGUGAUUAUGAAGAGUUGGUCGCUUGCAUGUGUACUUGCAAGUACCUCAAGAAUAUCAUCGUGUCCCAUGAUAGCUUGCAGUAUACUCUAUCCCUCGCGGCCGCUGGCCUCGAUGAGAACUCGAUGGACUUCACGAAAACGCUCACGAGUACUGAGAAGCUCUCCCGAGUACAUGAGUACCUGCAGUGUGGCGCUCGUGGAGGACAGCUCGAGCAGUAUGCCGACGUAAGGGGUGGUGCCUUGCACGACAUUCAGCCUCAGAACGGGAUCUUCUUUAUUCGACCUUUGUCGAGCCCGAGCUUUCGAUUCACUAGUUACCCUGGCGCAAGGCGCUCGGUGGCGAUGGACCCUCCGGACGACUGGCCUGUCAAAUGCAAGCUGGGCGGAGCACUCGAUUACGUUGUCGACUUUGAGCACGAUCUCUUAGUCGGGUACCCCACGGUCAUGGGCUUGGGGCACGCUGUGAUGCCACGUCUCGUCUUUUUAUCACUCUCCACCGGGCUACCACAUCCACUCGCCGUCGGAGGACGAGGCAGCCUUCCGAUUCCCGUCUACUUUCGCGGUUUCGGGAUGAACACCGUCCAAGUGUGCGGUCGGCACUUGUCUUUCUUUUGCCACCGACUAGAACCCCGCAUAGUGGACGGACAGCCCCGCUACGAUCGCGCCCACGAGGUCAUGGACUGGCGAACGGGACAGACACUCUCAAUUAUACCACACUUCGGACCAAUCGAGGCAGAGCCCCAGGAUGGCCAUGGGAUCUUGGUGGCGGAAGACGCAUUCCUUCGUGCGGUUACGCGUACCACCCUGGAUUCGAACAGCGUGGAGCAAGACCUCGCCAUACAGGUUAUGCCUAUAGUCCCGCAUCACGACACAACCAGCUUUGUCUCAGGAGCGGGCGACAGACCGCGAUUCGGGAUAAAUCAACAGGACAAGCUUCCAUAUCCAUGUGCCUACUCUUUCCAACUUCCGAAGCUGCCUCAAUCCAGAAUCGCCACGCUCUUACCGGGACCGCAACUCGACAAGCCUUCCUUUUCCAUGCAAGGGUUCUCUUCGGACGGCAAUAGCCUUUUAGCCUUUCGCAUUGCAGUGGAUGCUCACCACGAUCCAGCAUGGAUCAUGCAAAACGCGGAUACGGACGUCUACCUCUUCAUCCAUGUCGACGCCCUCCUCAAUUUGGCGCGCUCGCUGCCUGGGUUGCCACCCACGAUGUGCAUGGAUAUGAAGUGGCCCGCAUGGCAGCACUGCGCGCGUCUCGUCGUGCCGCCUCGUCUUCCCCAUCCCGCGCUUUCUUGGGAACCUGCGAUGUGGUCUUCAGCCAUGCGCAACGGUCUAUACAUUCACGUCGACGAGGCUAUGGAGAACCAGCCGCCGCUGCCUGCAGAGCUUUGGGGCGACUCGGACUAUCAGAAGACCGUAUAUGCGCUCGACUUCCACCCGCGUCGGGCGCGCUACUUGCAACAACAGACAGAGCAUCAUGCCGAGCCACUCUUACUCGGUCCUGUGGGCACCAUGCAGGGCGUACCCAUCUUCGCCGACACGAACGUAUCGCCGGGGAAGCUCGCUUGCUCCGAGUUCCAGCUCAAGUACCCGCGUCAGGUGACGGACAUGCGAACGAAGUUGCCUUUUGGUAUGACGGAGGAUGGAGCACUGUUCUUCGGACAUGUUCAGGAUGCAGACGGAAGUCUUAAGCAUGUGCAUAUACUCUCGGCCAUCGCGCCGCAGACGAACGUCUGGUCUUCUCCCUGA